AUGACUUCGACGGGCACUCUGUGCAACCUCGCGGGACCAGAAGGGCGAAAGAAGCGCGUGGCGUAUUUCUACGAUCCGGACGUGGGGAAUUACUAUUACGGCCAGGGCCAUCCCAUGAAGCCGCACCGCAUCCGGAUGACCCACAGCCUGCUCAUGCACUACGGCCUGCACACCAAGCUCGAGAUCUUCAAGCCGUUUCCCGCUCGCGAUAAGGACAUGUGCAGGUUCCAUUCAGAUGAUUAUGUGGAGUUUCUCCGAACUGUCACUCCUGAGAACCAGCACGAGCAGCUGCGAAUGCUCAAGCGCUUCAACGUGGGGGAGGACUGCCCGGUCUUUGACGGGCUUUACCAGUUCUGCCAAACCUACACCGGAGGCUCGGUGGGAGGUGCGGUGAAGCUGAACCACGGGCACUCGGACAUUGCGAUCAACUGGGCGGGCGGGUUGCACCAUGCCAAGAAGUGUGAAGCAUCGGGGUUCUGCUACGUGAACGACAUUGUCCUUGCCAUCCUGGAGCUGCUCAAGUACCAUGCGCGAGUGCUCUACAUCGACAUUGACAUCCACCACGGCGACGGCGUGGAGGAGGCGUUUUACACGACGGACCGAGUGAUGACAGUCUCCUUCCACAAGUUUGGCGACUACUUUCCCGGCACAGGCGACUUAAGGGACACGGGGUAUGGGCGCGGCAAGCACUACUCGCUGAACGUGCCUCUCCACGACGGCAUCGACGACGACAGCUACCUCUCGCUCUUCAAGCCCCUCAUCACAAAGGUCAUGGAUGUGUUUCAACCGGGCGCCGUCGUGCUGCAGUGCGGAGCGGACUCGCUAUCGGGAGACCGGCUGGGGUGCUUCAACCUGUCGGUGCGGGGCCACUCGGAGUGUGUGCGGUUUAUGAGAUCUUUCAACGUGCCCCUGCUGCUGCUGGGGGGGGGAGGGUACACCAUCCGUAACGUUGCCCGCUGCUGGUGCUACGAGACGGGAGUAGCGGUGGGGUUGGAGCUAGAAGACCGAAUGCCUUUCAACGACUACUAUGAGUAUUUCGGCCCAGAUUACACACUGCAUAUCACACCCAGCAACAUGGAGAACCAGAACUCGAGGGCAUAUCUAGACUCAGUCCGAACGCGCCUGCUGGAGAACCUGUCAAAGCUGCAGCAUGCUCCCAGUGUGCCCUUCCACACGCGUGCCCCCGACACACAACUACCCGACGAGGAGGAGGAGGAAGCCGACACUCGGCACGAGGACAGGGAAGCGGAUGGGGAUGCACCUUCAGUACUGGAAGGCCCAGCAGCAGCUUCUGUAAAGGAGGAAGUGAAGAGCGGGGGAGGCAAGGGCACAGCAGCAGGAGCAGGAACAGGCGGGGCAGGAGGAGCAGCAGGAGGGGCUGGGGGUGGAGGAGCUGUGACAGGGGAGGGGAAGAAGCGACCUCUACCAGAGGCUUCAGGUCGUCCCCCCACUGCGCGCCCACCUGUCAAGCCCAAGGUGGAGUCUUCACUCAAAGCAGAGCCUGCUUCUACACCAGCUCGAGCUGCCGUACCUGCUGACAAGAAGGAAGAUUCGAUACACGGCAGCUCUCCGUCCACUCGUGGGCUGACACCUGGCGAGGCAGCUGCAGGAGGGGCAAGGGAGAAGGGGAGUGAGAAGGGGUCUGGCAGUGGCUUAUCCCGCAAGGUGUCUCCAUACAGACAAGGGAGCCUGGGUGACUAA